UUGAAUGAAUAUCAAUGAUAUUUCAGGAGAAAAAAGGUCGAUAUCAGGCUGUUGUAAACCGAUGUAGUGCGGGGGGUGCUCAGUGUAUGCACCAGCAGCAGCUGCAUAUUUUGGUUCCCAAACUUUCAGCUAGUAACAUUACAUUUGACCAACAAACUUCAACACGACGGUGCUUCAUUUAAAACUGUGAACACAACAGCUAAUAGGCUACACGCUAACUGUAUGCUAUCCCCUGAAUACAAAACGGUGGAGAAAGGACAAACUGAUGAAGAAACCUAGCUAAUAAACCAAACUGAGUUUCUCUCUCAGGAGGAGUUUUUUUCAAACAAGGGACGAAACACAGGUGAAUAUUGGACUUCAACUCAACAGGUGACCGAAAAGAAAGUGACGGCCAUGCUGCUCUGCUGGAUGUGCAUCCUGAGGUCCAGCCCCAACACCGGCGUCCACUGGGGAUCUUUUCCUUGGGAUAGAGUUCAGUUUCCCUACAGAUUACCAUUCAUCACGCUCACGUUUGCUCAAGGACGGAGGGAGGAGGACAAUGGGGGCCGGUGGGGUUUCCCCCCAAGCCCUGCUGUGGCUCAACCUGUUCGGCUUGAUCGCUCUGGCUUCGCCCCUCAACCCGGAUGACCCCAACGUGUGCAGCCACUGGGAGAGCUAUGCAGUGACUGUGCAGGAGUCGUACGCUCAUCCAUUUGACCAGGUCUACUACACGCGCUGCACAGACAUCCUCAACUGGUUCAAAUGCACCAGACACAGGAUCAGCUACAAGACGGCCUACAGAAGAGGUGUGAGGACGAUGUACAGGCGACGCUCCCAGUGCUGCCCGGGCUUCUUUGAAAGUGGAAACCUGUGUGUUCCGCUGUGUACUGAAGAGUGUGCCCACGGACGGUGUGUCUCUCCUGAUACCUGCCAGUGUGAGCCCGGCUGGGGAGGACUGGACUGCUCCAGUGGCUGUCAGAGUGACUUCUGGGGGCCCCACUGCAGUAACCGCUGUCAGUGCCGGAACGGGGCCAAAUGUAACCCGAUAACCGGAGCCUGCGUCUGCACCGACGGCUUCCAGGGCUGGCGCUGCGAGGAGACCUGCGACCCCAACCUCUACGGCAAGGAAUGCCUGCUGGAGUGCCAGUGCCUCAACGGCGCCACCUGCCACCAUCAGACCGGCCAGUGCCUGUGUGCGCCCGGAUACACCGGGGCCUUCUGCGAGGAGCCUUGUCCUCCAGGCAAACACGGCUCCCUGUGUGAACAGCGCUGUCCCUGUCAGAAUGGAGGAACGUGCCAUCACGUCACCGGAGAGUGCUCCUGUCCCGCCGGCUGGGUGGGUCCGGUGUGUGCACAGCCGUGUUCGUUCGGAUCGUUCGGCAUUAAUUGCUCUCAGGAGUGCACGUGUCGUAACGGAGGCCUGUGUGACCACAUCAGCGGUCAGUGUCAGUGCACUGCAGGCUACAUCGGAGAGAGAUGCCAGGAUGAGUGCCCAGUUGACACUUACGGGCCGCAGUGUGCCCACAAGUGUGACUGUCAGAACGGAGCCAAGUGCUACCACAUCAACGGAGCCUGCCUGUGCAACGAGGGCUUUAAGGGCCCCAGCUGCCAGGACCGCUUCUGUCCCCCGGGCCUGUACGGACUCAUCUGUGACAAAUACUGCCCCUGCAAAACUGCAAACACACUCAGCUGCCACCCUCUGUCGGGGGAGUGCACCUGUGCAGCAGGAUGGGCGGGGCUCUACUGUAACGAGACCUGUCCUGCGGGUUACUAUGGCGAGGGCUGCCGAGAGCUGUGCUCCUGUGCCAACGGAGCGGACUGUGAUGGCAUCGCCGGAGCCUGUAUGUGCGCCCCGGGAUAUAUAGGGGACGACUGCUCCUUCAGCUGUCCUGCAGGCCUCUACGGGACCAACUGCACCUCCUCGUGCUCCUGCCACAACGAGAUCUCCUGCUCGCACGUCGACGGCUCCUGCGUCUGCAGAGAAGGCUGGCAGGGUGUGGACUGUUCCAUCCCGUGCUCCAGUGGGGCUUGGGGACUAAGCUGCAAUCAGACAUGUCAGUGUGCCAACGGGGCAGCCUGCGACCCCGUCAACGGGACCUGCACCUGCUCUCCGGGCUGGAGGGACGAGUACUGCGACAUACCGUGUCCUGAGGGAUCCUACGGGCUGGACUGCAGAGAGAGAUGUGACUGUUUCAAUGCUGAUGGCUGUGAUCCAGUGACCGGCUUCUGUCGCUGCCUUGCAGGUUGGACAGGUGUCCAUUGCGACAGUGUGUGUGUGGAGGGACGCUGGGGACCCAACUGCUCCUACAGCUGCACCUGUGAGAACGGAGGCUCCUGCUCCCCAGAGGACGGCACCUGUGUGUGCGCUCCUGGCUACCGCGGCACCAACUGCAGACGCACAUGUUCUCCUGGUUUCUACGGCCACCGUUGCAGCCAGUCGUGUCCUCAGUGUAUCCACAGCGACGGGGCCUGCCACCAUGUCUCCGGCCAUUGUGAAUGUCUCUCUGGCUUCUUCGGCUCCCUCUGUAAUCAAGUGUGUCCCAGUGGAAAGUAUGGUAAAGCCUGUGCUGAGGCGUGUUCGUGCACCAAUAACGGCACUUGUUAUCCCAUCGACGGCUCCUGUCAGUGCUACCCCGGAUGGAUCAGCAAGGACUGCUCCAAACCGUGUGCUCAGGGAUCAUGGGGUCCAGACUGCAUCCACACAUGUAACUGUCACAACGGAGCCCAGUGCAGCGCCACAGACGGGGAGUGUAACUGCAGCGCUGGUUGGACGGGACUCUUCUGUACUCAGCGCUGUCCUGCGGGUUUCUUCGGCUCGCAGUGUGCUGAAGUGUGUCGCUGUCAGAACGGGGCGGACUGCGAACACAUCAGCGGACAGUGUUCCUGCAGGACGGGCUUCAUAGGACAAAGCUGUGAGCUCAAGUGUCCUGCGGGGACGUUUGGUUACGGCUGCCAGCAGCUGUGUGAGUGUAUGAACAACGCCACCUGUGACUACGUGACGGGGACCUGCUACUGCAGCAUCGGCUUCAAAGGCAUCCGCUGUGACCAGGCGGCUCUGAUGAUGGAGGAACUGAACCCCUACACCAAGAUCAGCCCGGCUCUGGCUUCAGAGCGCCAAUCAGCCGGUGCCGUCCUGGGUAUCAUCUUCCUGCUGCUGCUCAUCAUGGCCAUGCUCAGCCUGGUGGUCUGGUUCCGCUAUCGGCAGAGAGAGAAAGGCCACCACGUGCCGAACGUCACCUACACGCCCGCCCUGCACAUCAACUCCACAGACUACUCCCUCUCAGACUAUAUGAAGGGCUCCUUGUCCAGCACCUGCUCCCUCAACAGUGAGAACCCGUACGCCACCAUCAACGACGCACCCGGUGUAUGCAAACACUCAGAGAGCAGCUACGUGGAGAUGAAGUCGCCGGCUCACCAUGAUCACAUGACACACUGCUGCUCUGCCGCCAUCGUCACCACGACGACUUCCACCACCGCACCCACCAAGAACGUCUACGACAUGGAACCAACCAUCAGUAUCAUCCAGGGAGCCAACGGUGUGGUGGUUCCCAGUUACCCCCAGAACCCGUACGAUCUGCCCAGGAACAGCCACAUCCCCAGCCACUACGACCUGCUGCCUGUGCGCCCCAGCCCCUCUCACAGCCACAGCCUCACCCUGCACAACCACAGCCCCCCGCUGCCCGGCAGCCCCACCAGCUCGCUGCUCUAGACCUCCUCCAGCACCCAGACUGGACACUGCACCAGUGCUCCCAGUUCAUCCAGAAGCAGGAACCUGUGAACUGGGAUAUACCGUGGAAAGAUUAUACGUGUGUGAAAGGGGGUAGAGUCUCUAUCUUGCAGCGCUCCAACUGUUGCACUGCUGUUUGAUAGUUUAUCACUGUAUUAUAUCCAAAAUGUUUUUGUGCCAAACAAUACCACAUAUUUGUGUUGUAUUGUAAAUUCCCCCUCAUCAACAGAAAUUCAACAGAGGGAAUAUACACAUACAGGAAGUAUACCUUUUUUCUGGUAUGCUGAUGUCUUGAUACGUCCUGAAUCAGAAGAAGGAAAGUCGAGGACGAUCAGAAAAGAGAAACAUAGUGACUGAGUGUAAAGUUAUCAGGGUGGGACGGUAAAUGUGUGUGCCAAUGUGAGGCCCAAUUCACACCUGGACUGAGUGGAUCUACCAAACAAUGAAGCAGCAUCGUACGGCGCUUUAUUUCUCCAGUGCAAACUUGUAAAUUAUGGACAACUCUGGAGAAAAGAUGCUCAUUAUUUCCAUAUUCUCCCAGAAAAAGGAGUAAUAUAAAUAUGUAAAGACAUGCGCACAAACUGCAGUCUGGUGAGAUCCACACUACCUGUACAAUUCAGGUAUUUUUACAUAUUGUUUCUUAUUUCCUGUUUACAUAUUUAAAGAUCCCGACAGGGAUCUAUAUUUUCUCUCUGAAAAGUUAUCUUUUUGUAUGUACUGUAGACAGAGUGGUGUAUUGGCUGUACGCUUACUGUACACCAGUGAUCAUUAUUGUGAUUUUUCUUUUAUUUUGUCAAGCUUAAUACACAUGCAUGGCAAAGAUUAUUCAAGAUAUAAUAUUUAGUCAGGAUUACCCUUAUUAUGUCCCUUGGUGCAAACUGAUUAUUAUCAUCUGACUGUCUCAACAUGGGAAAGACUAAUCUGAAACAGGCUUUCUGGGAACACGCACAGAUUACUUUCAUUAAGGAUUAAUGUUUUUUCGAUUAAUUAUAAAAUGUCAUAAAAUUGUGCAAGAUGACGUCUUUAAUGUCUAAAACCUAAAGAUUUCCGUAACUAUCACAUGAGGAAAAGAAAAGCAGCACAUUUACACAAUGUUUUGCCUGAAAGAUUACUCAAAGCCCCACAAAGGCCUGUCAAUGAUUCCCUGUCAUUACAGAAUGUCUGUUCUUGUGGCAACUAUUUCCCACAUUAUAUAUGAAACAGAACCGUAAUAUAUGAAAUUCUGCUUGAUUUACUUCAUGAUAGAUGGAUCACUUUUGUUAAAAAUGCUCAUGAUUUUACCUUGGCUAAAAGCAAUAACGUGACAUGUUGACAAUCAGAUGUAAACAGCUUUGUUUUCCUGCUUUAGUUCCAUUUGCUCUAACUUUAUCUUGCUAUAUGUUUUUCCUUCGACUUUGAUCCAAAUAAUGAUUUACAGCUAAUGUAGAUGUAUCAAGUGCUUUGUUGGUCUUUUUGUUUCAAGCCCUGAACUCAAUAAAGUUGUCAU